AAUUAUGGUUGAAUAAAACAUUUAGGUUUUUCUUUAUCAUCUCAACACUUAUAGUGUUGUUUUGUUUAAGUAAUCGGGCUCAAAAAUAUUCAUGGACACAGGGACACAAAUUCUACAAUUUUUACUGAUGGCUCAGGAUGGCAAGGUCCUGGCCCUGGGAGUUCUGGUCGGUGCUGCCGGGAUCAGCUUGGCAGCUUUUUGGUACAAGAGCCGGAGAGCCAUGGUGGGGGUUGCAGGGACAAGUACCUAUUAUGUGUCAAGUAGCAGAAUCACAGACCAUCUUGGAGGCAGUGGGGCACUGCAAGCAGGCCAGGCAGAGGUCCUGGAUCGCCUUGGAGCCCUGAUUCAAUGUGUUUCAGAGCUAAAAGAGGAGGUGAAGGCCCUGAAGAGCGCUUUUCCACACCUGCAGGACCACAUAAGAGACGAGUUAGCGGGGCGGAGUCACAAGCCAAGUCCCCUGAAUAGAUCUACACCCACGAGGAGGAAGAGAGCCAGCGGAGUGGCCAGAUCGCAGGGGCAGAGCUCAGAAGAAGCAGAAAGUGAAGGGGGGUAUAUCACAGCACUGACAGACACUGAUGAAGAGGGUGAGAGUGAAGACGAAAACACAGUUGUAGAGCGGCUGGAUGAGCUCACGCUUCUGUUACAGAGGGCAGAUAGGCUGCAUGCAUGCAAUGGAACCGAGAAGAAAGAAGGCUUGUUCAUACUUCUUGAGCAGAAAGAGAAGUAUGAUCAGAAGUGUCAGUACCUGUGGCGGUUAACCAGAGCCUAUGCUGAUGCUCAUGACCUGGCUGGAGACCUUCAAGAAAAGAAGAUAUAUGCUGAAACAGGGAAGCAAAUUGGUGAACAAGCCAUUUCAGUGAAUCCGAUGUGUGCUGAAAGUCAUCAGUGGUAUGCUAUUUUAUGUGGACUUCUGUCAGAAUAUGAAUCGAUCCAGAAUAAGAUAAAGAACGGCUACCUUUUCAAGGAUCAUUUGGACAAAGCCAUUGAGCUAAAGCCGCAGGAUCCUCUGUCUUAUUACCUGCUGGGCCGCUGGUGCUAUGCUGUGGCCCAGUGUACAUGGAUUGAGAGGAAAAUUGCUGCUACACUAUUUGGAGAGCCUCCAAGCGCAACAGUUGAUGAUGCCCUGCAGAACUUCCUCAAGGUAGAGGAGAUGUGUCCGAAGUACUCUAAGUAUAACUAUGUGUUUUUAGCAAAGUGCUAUAAAGACCUGGGCCAGAGGAUCAAAGCAAAGAAAAUGUGUGACGCUGCAUUGGACAUGAAACCAAUAACUAAAGAGGACGAAGAAGCACAGAAGGAGCUGGACUCUCUUCUCUUGUUACUUUAGUCAGAAACAUACUCUUUUUUUAGGGCACAUUUGUGGUGAUUGACUCAAGUUGUGACCAUAUGAGUGUUAUUUCACCUUUUUUCUGAAUUUUCUAU